AUUCUUUUAUCAAACUAAAAUCUUUGUUGAGGGGAAUGUUAUGUGUUUUGACUUUACGCGGUUAAAUGUGAAACACAUAAGAAGAAAAUGGAGAUUGAUUUUGGUAAAAAGAGCACAGAAUACGAUUACGAAACUCAGUUCUUCGGGUUUACCCCUGAAUCUUUCGUAGAUGGAGUUUACAAUGCUGUGAACGACUAUGUUGGUGACUGCAUUCAAGAGUUGGAAAAUGUUAUCAAAAGUGAGCCCUCAGUGUCAUGUGAUGUAUCAGAGGAAACGCUUCACAGGGAGAGCGAGAAAAUGAUCAAAGGUUUUUAUAAAAGUAUUGAUGCAGCUUUUGACAGAUUUGAGGUUUAUGUAAAAAAUAACAUCUUCAAAAUUCCUGCCAAUAUUCUUUUACCAGAAGACAAGGUACAUCACAAACACCAAUGUACAGUAGAGGAUGAAAAGCAGAUUGAUGAAGAGCUUAAAGAACUUGAAAGAAAAAUCAAAGCAGCAAAGUAUGUGAAUGCAGCUUUGAGACAGGAAGUUAAAGAUUUGGACAGUGCUCAAGAACAGCUUGACAACUUUGAAAACCACAUAGACGCUGUACAAAAGGCAUUUGAAGGCAAUGGAGGUGUAAAACAAAGCUUGACAACAACUCACGAGAAAGCAAUCAAACUCUAUGAUUUAAUAGCAGAUGGACUCCAUGCUGGGACUUUUCAUGUUCAGGAAAAAUCUGAUCAAAGAUCUUCAACAGAAAGCAAACAGAAAAAAAUCAAAUUAGGAUAAAUACAAUAUGCAAGCUAAUAAGUUUGCUUUAUAAAUGGUACCUGCAGUGUCCUGGAAAACCUUUAUUGAGUAGCACUCUUAUCUGGGUGAAAAUCCAUUAUGCUGGAUAUAUUAAUUGUAGAAUAGAAAAUACUGAGACUUCUUGAUUACAUCUGUAACAUGUCAAUUUCAAAAAUGACUUUUUUUGAUAGACCAGGAUCCAUGAUUAUUUUUUGUUGUUGAGAAAGUCAUUUAUAAAAGCUAUGGUAUAAGAUUAAUUAAAUAAUAAUAUUUUCAUGGUAUUUUAUAUGUUCAUAUUACUCUGUACAAUUUUCAUGUUCAAGAGAAACUUAGUAAACAUACUUUUCACUGGUUAUUUUAUCAUUCUGCUGUUUCAAGAAUGUCAUUCAAGCUUUCUACAAAAGGUGUGCAAAGUAUUCUUUAUACAAUACAAUGAUUGUUAACAGAAUAAAAAAAAAAGGUUGAAAGAAAAAGCUAAAGUUUAGAGCUGGCUAAAAAAGUUGAAAUCAAUUAGCCAUUCAACACAUUCUGAAAAUUCUGCUAGAAGCUGUUUACAGUGGCCAAUUCACAUUAUCUCAAUAUCUCGAAUUAUUUUUUGCAUAACUUUUAACAACCUUCAUACACAAAAAGACUAAAUAUUUUUUAGCAAGAACUUCACCAUUGAAUUAUUCUGAGAAUACUUUGACCUUCAAAAACAUGUUAAAUGUUAUGAGGACCCAACCAAUCUAAAAUACCAGAACUUAUAUCUGGUAUUAACAUUAUGAAGCAGAUAAAUAAAAAAUUAAACAGAA